AUGGACUUCACCGGUGCCGGGACAGACACGAGCCCGCUCAGCAGCCUCGGCUCUGGCCUGCGCAAGCUGGAUCGCAUGAAUGGCGACGGCGGCGCGGCGUCGCGCCAGAAGAGCUGCAACGCCUGCGUCCGAGGCAAGCGGCGCUGCGACAAGCGGACUCCCAGAUGCUCGAGGUGCGCGACCAAGGGCCUGGACUGCGUCUACCAGCGACAGCCUCCUCCCUCUGCGUCGUCGACUCUUCCUCAGCAGCAGCAGCAGCAACAGACACAGACACAGAAUCACUGCUCCACGCCCGAGAUGCCGCCCGAGUUCGACAUGAGCUUCGACAUCGAGAGCCUCGGCACCGCAACCGGCACAAACACGAGCCCCGAGAGCCUCCAGCAGGACGGGACCCUGCACCUCGGCGGCGACCCCCAGGCGCAGCACCACCACCACCAGCACCAGCACACGCCGGACCUGGGCUUCAUCGUCGACUUGAUGACCGCCGGCGACGACACUGGCCCGGGCAGCCUGUGGGACCUGACGGGCUUUGGGGUCGGCAGCAAGAUGGACCUCCCGCCGGUGCCCGUGCAACAGCAGCAACAGCAGCAACAACAACAGCAGCAGCAGCAACAGCAGCAGCAGCAACCCGUCCGUGACCUCUCGAUCCUGCAGAACGAGGAUCAGUGCAUCAUCUCCGACGUGCUGCAGGUCCACGACCCCCGCAGCAAGAUCGGCUUCAUCGUCAAGAGCAUAUCGGACAUGUACGUCACCUUCACCCAGCGGCGCGAGGCCCCCUUCAUGCACCCGCGCCUCUGGAUGGCGCAGCUGCCCAAGACCAUCACCACGGCCUUUGCCGCCGCCUCGGCCUACUCGACGCGCACGCCCGCCACGCGAGGCUGGACGCUCAAGGUGCUGCUGGACGCGGUGCGCGAGGUCCAUCGGGACGGCGAGAGGGCGACGACGCACGCGGACCGGCUGGCCAGGGUGCAGGCGCUGCUGCUGCUCAACUCGAUGCGCAUCUUUGACGGAGACGUGAGCAUGCGGGCGGCGGCGGAGAGGGAGAUGAGCGUGAUGCUGGCGUGGGUCAAGGACCUGGUCGUGGUCAAGAAUGAGCUCGAAGAGGGCUUUCCGCCGUCGGUUCUCAUGACGAGAGACAAGCCGCCAAAGAGCUGGGAGAGCUGGAUCCUGCUCGAAUGCACGAGGCGGACCAUCAUGAUCGCCUUUGCCCUCAUGUGUCUCGUCUUCGUCCUCAAGUCCGAAGAAGCCCCCGCCGACUUCUGGGAAGACGGCCACAGCUUCACGGCCUCGCGGCACCUCUGGGAGGCCACGUCCUCGGUCGAGUUCUUCCGCGCCUGGCGCGAGAAGCCGCAGUACUGCAUUACGGACCUGAGCUUCAAGGAGUUUUGGAUGUAUGCCCGGCCGGACGAUAUGGAUGAGUUUACGAAGCUGAUGCUGACUACGCAAGUUGGUGUUGAUGCCAUUGAGCAUUUCCUCACCGGCGAGACAACAAUCCCAGUGCAAUGA